CGAAAAAGAUAAAAAAACUCCUCAUCCGGUAAAACGUUUAUUCAGACACAAUAUAUUCAAUUCCACUCCAACAUUAAUAAAAGGUGGUGUCAAUUUAUUCGAGUGUAAAAAUCAUGGCCGUCGUCAAGCCACCUGCACUUCUGCUGAUUUCGCGAAAACUUCCGCGUAUAUCAGACGUAGCCAAGAGUAUUUCGAAUGACGUGGAACUUUUCCUACAAAGAACAUACUUCGGACAUCUUUUAGGAAUUUCGACAGUUGAUGUCCUAUUCAUUGUUAGUAAUAAUAACCCUAGCCCUUUCGAAGUGAUGAAUCGCCUCUUAGAACGUUGGGUAGGAACAAAUGGUGCGAAGGCAACCAUUGCCAACUUGACCACGAUCUUGCACAAUGCGCAAUUUAUUAAUCUAGCAGAGACGCUUCAGGAACUAUAUUUUGAUGGUUCUUUAAACACCGGGGACAACUUUGGCCGACCACCUCUCAUGAAGUGCUCCAUCUCGGAGAGAAUCUGGUGGAAUGUUCCUAAAUGCACACCAAACUUUACAUCAAGAACGGCCCAAAUUCAAACCGUCCGCUCUAAAAUAAACAAUGCUACACGACAUGCACCACAAUUAACAAUACUUUUCACGGGACCAGCUGGCAUCGGCAAAAACGAGGUUAUACGAAAAGUAGCUACAAAUCAAUAUGGCGAACAUGGGUGGAACGUGCUAGGCAUUGGUAAAGAUUUUGAAAUUCCAGCCAAAAACCUAGGAAAAACUCUAGGGUUAGAUAUAGAGCAUGCUGAAAUUUCUCCAGAGAUGUUGAUUGUAGAAAUAGUGGUUGCUAUGCAAUCUAGAGCACCGACAAUUGUAGUUAUCGACGGAAGUUCGGACACAUCUGGGUUGCCAAGAGAGAAAAUCCUACAAUUACUUAAAAUAUUUAAUGAUUUACCGCCAAGUGAGAACACUUUAGUCUUUCUCAUUUCUUCCCGCCAGUUUGGUGGGUAUGAGGGAAUGUUCCCAACAAAUAUAGAAUUAACUCCGUUCUUGGAAUUUGAAACUGCCAACAUUUUAUCCGCCAUUCCACUUAAUAUGAAUCAACGUGCGUUAAGCGAUUUACACAAAUUAUCCGGGGGACGACCAUCUGAUGUAUUUAAAACUGUUCAAAUUCUUCAGGGUUAUUACAACGUUAAAGUCCAAGGUUAUGAUUCAUUUACUUUUAACAGAGUAAUGCACAUUUUGACAUAUUGCGCUCAUAUCAUUAGUACAAACUAUGCGUACUUGUUAUGCCAAAAGUUUUGCCCUAAUUUAACAACAGCGACAUUUUUAUCAAUUGUUAACCGAGCUCUUGCUAACGGCUUUUGUGGGACGGCAAAUGCGGAAACGGCAGUCGGCAUGUUAGACUUUACAAAACAAGUUUUAAGAACGUAUAUAAAAUAUGCGGAUGACUUUGAUCCUGAACCAAUAGAACUAAGAAAACUCUUAAGUCUUUUGUUAGAGUUAUUUAACUCCAAAAAGGAUUAUGGAACGGAUGCUAUGCAUUUAGGAAGCGUUUGGUCAUUCGCGGUGGAGUAUGAUGAGCUGAUUCGAGAUUUUCCAAUGACACCUUAUCGCAUUGUUACAGAAGCGACGAAGGAUAGGGUUUUGAACCAGGCGUUCCUAGAGAAAAACUUUAAUCGGCUUAGAGAAAUUAAUGGAUUUAGUGAUCAAUGGACGUUGAAAAUAGGAAGCCAAUAUGCUGAAUUCUUGUAUAUGAUAAAAAAGAAGGAAGAAUCGUUGGCAUUGUUUUCAGAACUGUUUCAGCGAAUGAAAACGACUCUUGGCUUAGCUAAUUCUAUCACAAUUACUACCGGACAUUGGUAUGCUUGGAUUCUUUGUGAGUUUGGCAAAUAUGAUUUGUUAAUUCCACUACACUCCGAGCUGAGAACUUGCUGUCAAGCAGCUUGUGAACCGCUUGGUAGGUAAGUUCUUGGAAGCAUUGCUUAUGUGUGACACGGUACUAUUAUUUUAGAUUAUGAAGCUAUUAAUUGCUAUUAUUAGCUUUCGGUUAUUUAAAAGAAUCACGUGCAUCUUUUAUAGUGAAAUGUAAGUAUAUUAAAUCUAACAAACAAUUACGUAUCUUUUCAAUAUUGAUAGCAAAAACUACAAAAAUCUCCCUCAACAUUAUUUGCACAUGCACUCUCAUUAACAUUGUCACUAAAAUCGUCUCCUCGUGGAGGCACUACAUGACUCUACCGCAGGGUAAUAAUUUAUAUCCACGCAUAGAUGAAUACAUUCCGUCUCUGCAGCGAUAGUAAACAAUAUUAUAACCUACAUGGAUACAAUUUAUCACUGUCUAUUUAUUACAGAAUACAUGAAAAAGGAGACAAAAUAUGUUUGAGGCUGGAAACAAUUUGUCUAAUUGUGGUGGUAAUGUGGAUGAUAAUUUGUCUCCGCUCUUAGAAUUAUUAUUUCCACGAAAUAGUAGAUUGUAAACAUUAGGAAAUAAAUUUUCUUCUUGAGCAACAGUUUUUAUUUAAAUGGAAUUAUAAAAUAUACAUUUUAGUAAUAUACAAAUAUAUUUACAAAUAAAUAUAAAUCUAAUUAGGCGAACAAAAGAUAUUUAUGUCCCCAAGUGAUAAAAAUAUUGUAACCUGAAUUAAGAUAGACAAUAUAUUACAAGUGAUAUCUAGUCGUUAAAAAUAAACCGUCAACUUUACAAUUUC